CUCCCAGCAAUGUGGAGCAUUGCCUCGUCCAUCACACGAUAUUCUAUACCCGAAGAAAUUGAGGAGGGAUCCGUUGUUGCCAAUUUAGCUACAGAUUUGGGGCUUGACGCUCGCAAUCUUGCAAAACGUAAGGUAAAACUUGAUUAUAUUAACAGUAAGAAAUAUUUAGAUAUUAACAAAGAGACUGGAGAGCUGUAUGUUGUCGAGAAAAUUGAUAGAGAAUACUUAUGCCCGGCAAAGACGUCAUCCUCUUGUUUCCUCAAAAUGGAUGUCAUAAUCGAAAACCCAAUACGAAUUUUUAAUAUUGAAUUAGAGAUAAUAGACAUAAAUGAUAACGCGCCCCAGUUUAGGAGGGACAUAAUAAACUUGGAUAUUUCUGAAUCUGCAACCCCCGGUGAAAGAUUCUCUCUGACAAAUGCAGUGGAUGCAGAUGUUGGAGAGAAUUCUAUCAAAACCUAUCACUUAAGUGAAAGUUCGGAAUUUACGAUUGAUAUACAAACCGGAAGCGAUGGAACAAAAUACGUCGACUUGGUUUUAAACGGAACCCUCGAUAGAGAACGGCAGGCAGUCCACAAUCUCAUACUCACUGCGGUGGACGGCGGAAUCCCGGCAAGAUCAGGUACAGCCAGCGUUGUUGUUCAGGUGUUGGAUACGAACGACAAUAUGCCACAGUUUGACAGACAAGUUUACUCAGUUGACUUAAUUGAAAAUGCAUUGACCGGAACAUUAGUUAUGCAGCUUAACGCUACAGACCUUGACGAGGGCACCAACGCAAAGAUUAUAUACUCAUACACUCUAUAUACGUCUGAGAAAACACAAGAAAAAUUCUCUUUAGACCCAGAUACAGGAGAAAUAAAGGUCAAAGGUGGAAUUGAUUUUGAGGAGGUUAAAAGUUUUGAAAUGUACAUAGAGGCCAGAGACAUGGGAACAACUCCUCUAGCCGGACAUUGUAAAGUGUUGGUUUUUGUCACUGAUCUGAACGACAACUAUCCUGAAAUUACCGUAAAAUCAUUCGCAAAUAAAGUCAAAGAAAAUGUUGCCAUAGGAACGGUAAUAGCAGUAAUCAGUGUGAGCGACAGAGACUCCGGAGAUAACGGCAAAGUUGCUCUGUCACUGCACAACCAAGGGCCACUACCGUUUGCUCUGAAUAAAUCGUCGGAGGAGCAUUUCGCUCUACUUGUAACAGAGCCUUUGGAUCGUGAAACAGCGUCGAGCUAUAACAUCAGGUUACAAGUUAAAGACAGUGGUAGUCCUCCUUUGACCGACAACGAGACCAUUACUUUGGAGAUUUUGGAUGUCAACGAUAAUGCACCACAAUUCCCACAGUCUUUCUACACCAUUCAUCUGCCAGAAAACAACGAGCCCGGAGCAUUAUUAAGCUCGCUUUCUGCUUUUGAUCCGGACUUAAACGAAAACCAGUAUUUGGUCUACUUCAUAAUGGAAAAGGAGAUUGCCAACACAUCUAUGUCUAUGCUGUUCUCCAUAAAUCCAGAAAACGGCAAUCUUUACGCAUUACGCACAUUUGAUUAUGAGAGAGAGAAGGAGUUCCUUUUCCACAUUGAAGCAAGAGACUCUGGUAUUCCUCCACUCAGCAGUAACGUGACUGUUCAAAUCAUCAUUCUUGACCAGAAUGAUAAUGCUCCACUCAUUGUCUCUCCAUGGCAUGCCAAGGGGUCUGUCAUCGAGGAAGUUAUUCCUAGGUCCACUGAUAAAGGACACUUAGUCACAAAAGUGAUUGCCCUUGAUGCAGACUCCAUGCAAAACUCUCGCAUCACCUACCAGUUUCUACAAAUAACUGACACAACUUUAUUCAGUCUGGACCAAUACAACGGGGAAAUACGAACUACCAGAAUGUUCAGUUAUAGGGACCCACGACAUCAGAGGUUGGUUGUCAUCGCCAAAGACAACGGAGAGCCUCCUCGUUCUGCUACAGUGACCAUAAAGAUUUCUACAGUGGAGAAAGUUGUUACAGAGCUCACUGAAACCACCGAAGUGCCUUUAGAAUACGAUAUCUUCACAGAUUUAAACCUAUACUUGUUGAUUGGUUUAGGUUCUGUAUCAUUUUUGUUGCUUAUUACAGUCUUUGUCAUCAUCGUACUUAAGUGUCAAAAGCCAAAGCCCACCAUGGCGACUGCUCCAAACAGGAACAGUAUAAUAAGUCAGAGGAGUUCUACCAUAGCAGAUUCAACCCUGAUCUCAAGUGAUGCAUACUGGUAUAGUCUGUUCUUGGCAGAAACUAGGAAGGGGAAAAUAGUGGUCAGACAGCCUUUACCAAAUGGAGCAGGAUAUUUUGUAUCCAGUAUACCACGAAGUACUGCCCUGACGGAAACCAGUGAAUCAAGAGCUUCCACUUUACAGGAAUCCAGCAGUGAUCUUCCAUGA